AUGGCUCCCCGGCGCGCACUGGCGCAUGGCGCGUUUUUCUCCGUCCUCCUCUUGGCCCUCCUCCUGCGGACGUCUGCGCAAGGGCCCAACAUCUCGACUGUGCUGCCGGGCCUCCUCGGAGGGGCCAACGCGUCCAACGUGUCAGCGCCGGCCCCCGCUCAAGCGCCGGUUUCCGCGGUCGCUCCCGCGCCGGCUCCCGCUCUAGCUGCGACCGAGACCGCUCCCGCACCAGCCCCUGCGGCCAGAGAAGUCGGGGUCGUGGCGGGAGGAGUCAACGCCACCGCACCGCCUCCAAGCUCGCCAGCAGCCGUCUUUACUCCGGGUCUCUGGAGCUUCGCGAUCACGGCUGCGGCUAUUUCUGGGCUGUGGGCGAUUCUGUGA